AUGGUGAGAAGAUGGGUUCGAAAGUUCAAUGACGGACGUAGUGAUGUGCACGAUGAAGAACGAAGUGGGCGUCCAUCUUUGGUUACAGAAGAACUGGUUCACGCGAUUGAUUACAAGAUCCAUGAAAACCGAAGGUUUACAAUUAGUGCUCUCGCUAUCGAAUUUUCCCAAAUUUCACGAUCACUAAUGCAUGAAAUUGUUACCGAAAAACUGAAAUUUCGUAAACUUUGCUCACGUGUACCAAAGAUUCUUACUGAGCAACACCAAACAAAACGGAUGGGUAGUGCACUUCAGUUUUUGACCCGUUAUACUGAAAGCGGCGAAGAAUUUCUGACACAGAUAGUUACAGGAGAUGAAACUUGGGUUUCUUCUUACGACACCCCUGAAAGUAAGCGGCAAUCAAUGGAAUGGAGGCAACACUUCAUCCCCAGCAAAGGUUAA